UACAAUUUCCACCAUCUCUUUCGUGUCUAUUUCUUCUUAAUUAUGUUACUCUACCGUUAACUAUGAAUCAUCUUAUGAGAAUUUGACAUAAUAUACAACCCAUAUCUUACCGACUCUCUCUCUUAUCUCUGUAUCCCCUCCAUCGCUUCCCACAGAAUGAACAAUAAUCUCUUCCCACCACUUGUUCUCCACUACAUGAUUUUCACACUCUUCUGCAUCUUGAUCGCCAUCCCUUCAUCUUACUGUGAUGAUGAACGGUACGAGGCAUGCAGUCAACCCUACAAUUUCUCAUGUGGUGGGUCGUCGACUGUAUUGAAUUUAUCGUAUCCUUUCUGGGGAGACAAAAGCCGGCCGGAGUGUGGUAAAAGUGAAUUCCAGCUCACUUGUGAAGACGAUCAGCAUCCUAUAAUAAACUUUCCACCUCAAAAGUUUCGAGUUUUGGACAUCAACACAAGUGAUCAAACAGUGAGAAUUUCAAGAAAAGAUCCCCCUUGGGUCGGUACUUCUUGGGACGGUACUGUUUGUCCUGAAAGAUCCAACGUGAGCGUUAAUUUAAACCAAUUUCUCACCAAUUACAGCCCAAACGUUCGAAACCUAAGUUUAUUCUAUGAGUGCACUGAUAAAUCCCAACUGGGUUUACAUAAUUAUACUUGUAAACAAGGAGAUGAAGAUAGGAAAGGCUUCUACACAAUUGAUGACGGAAAAUCAAAGUAUUUUCCAAAUCUUACCGAUACUGUAACUUGUAGAAAGGUUGAAGAAGUCCCCAUUCUAUCCAUUGAUGCUCUCCAUGAGAUUGAAUAUUAUGAGAACCUGGAUUGGCUGAAAAAGGUGUUAUUGAAGGGGUUAGAAGUGAAGUAUGAGGCAGAGAACAUACUCUGUUCUGCAUGUCAAACUUCUCGUGGGACAUGCGGAUCUACAGAUGCAGGGGAAUUUGUGUGCUUUUGCCGUGACAAACCUUACCCUCAUGCAUGUCCUGGUAUGCAUGCUCGUCCUGAUCUUUUCUUCUGGUACAAUUGCUCCGAUAAGCCUCCUGAGAAUGGUACAUAUUCUAUAAGUUGUGGUAACGAGUAUUCACACUACUAUUCUUUUGCUGCUUUUCACAAGGAAAUGCUUGUGAAUUAUUCUCUCGAGUCGUGCCAGUAUUCUGUUUACGCACCUCUGAAUGUAGAAACCGGCGCCAAUUGGUUGCAGAUGAAUUAUACUGAAAUUUUGAAGAUCGGGUUCGUCUUGAAUUGGACUGCACUUGGUUGCAGCAAUUGUGAGGCAAGUGGUGGGCGGUGUGGAUUCGAUAAUUCUGAAUUCCUUUGUUUUUGCAAAGAUAAAACUCAACAUAAAACAUGCGAUGAUGGUAAUUUUAUAGGCAAUACUCUUAAUUUGAGACGGAAGCUUGCCAUAGGUUUCGGCGCUUUCGUAGGCACGGGUUUGCCUCUGCUUGCCCUUUCCGUGUUCCAACUAGACUGACUCGAAACAAAUUUUUUUUUUUUUUUACAGGCACUGUUUCUGCAAUAAUUGCAGUAACCACCAUUUGUAUAAUUAUCUGCUUAUGCAGAAGGAAGAAAAUCUCAUCUUUUAGGUCAAAAUCCCUUUUAAGGAAUCUAACAAAGAACCAUCAAGAUAUUGAGGCCUUCAUC